AAAUUUGUCAAAUUGCAAAAGCUUCGGUUUCACUUUUUCUAAUCUUUGUUUAUUGUGUUGAUCUUUUCAGCUUUUUGUAGUUUCGAAGUUUGCUUUUGGGGAGAGCCUGAAAGGCCCUUUUCUCUUUCAUCUCUUGCUGUUGACCGGUGAGGAGAAUGUCUCAGCAGAUUAAGGCACCCCAGCAGGUCCCUUCAUUUGAAUAUGAGCUUUUAGAAGGAGACCCUGACCAACUUAGGACAGUUGUGGCCACACCAACUCAGGCUGCACCAUGGAUUAACCCUUCGUCGCUGAAACUUAAGCAUAGGAUCGGUCGAGGCCCUUUCGGUGAUGUUUGGCUGGCUACUCAUCAUCAGUCCGGUUUCGAUUUUCAAGAGUAUCAUGAAGUUGCUGUUAAGAUGUUGCAUCCAUUGAAGAAGGAGCAUAUGCAAAAGUUCAUUGAUAAGUUUGAAGAGUUAUUCUUGCAGUUUAGAGAGCUCCCUUGUGUUUGCUGGUUGCAUGGUGUCUCUGUUCUAAAUGAAAAGAUUUGCAUUGCUAUGGGGUUUUAUGAAGGAUCUUUGGGUGAUCAAAUGGCUCAGUCAAAAGGUGGGAAGCUCUCAUUGUCUGAAACCUUAAGGUAUGGGAUCCAGUUAGCAAGAGGGCUCAUGCAGUUGCACUCAAUAGGGCUGUUGGUUCUCAACCUGAAGCCUUCCAAUUUCCUUAUAAGUGAUCGUGAUCAACUACUUCUUGGGGAUUUCGGAAUCACGUAUCUACUUCUCGGGGUUCCGUUGUCCGACUCUGAUAUUUAUUUUAGGCUUGGAACCCCUAACUACAUGGCUCCAGAACAGUGGGACCCUGAAGUUAGAGGUCCUUUAUCCUUGGAGACCGACGUUUGGGGAUUUGGGUGUAGCAUAGUGGAGAUGUUGACUGGUGUUCAGCCAUGGUUUGAGAAAUCAAUUGAAGAAAUCUACCAAUCGGUUGUGAUUAAGAAAGAAAAACCACAGAUACCGAGUGGCUUGCCUCCGGCAGUUGAGAAUGUUAUUAACGGUUGCUUCGAGUAUGAUCUCAGAAAUAGACCGUUAGUUUCAGACAUUUUACUUGCCUUCGAAAGCUCACAAAACGCUAUUCAUGGCGAUGGGGGAUGGAUUGGCAGUGGAAGCCGACUGUUAAAAGAAAAAUCAGUUAUUGGCGGUUACACCACUUGGUAUCUCUCCAAGGAUCGUCUUCAAGUGGGCGAUACGGUUCGGUCAAGAACCUCUCUGAAUUCCCGCAGACCUCAAACCGUGGAUGUUCGGGAAGGAACUGUUGUUGGUUUAGAUGGCGAUGCUGAUAAGAAUACAUUUGUUCUGGUGAAAGUUCCCGGAAUGCAUAAUGCUCUCCGAGUUCAGGAGUCGACACUCGAGAGGGUCACAUCUGGCUUGGCAGCGGGCGACUGGGUGCGCUUGAAACAAGAAACCAACACUCAUUCUCCCGUGGGAAUUCUGCAUUCGGUGCAGCGUGACGGAACCGUGGCAGCGGGAUUCAUAGGAUUAGAGAAACUCUGGACAGGCAAAUACCACCAGCUUCAAAUGGCUAAACCGCAUUACAUCGGUCAGUUCGUGAGGCUCAAGGCAACCGUACUUUCACCCAGGUUCGAAUGGCCACGGAAGAGAGGAGCAUGGUCCAGCGGAAGAAUCUCCGAGAUACUUCCAAACGGGUGCCUUGUCGUAGAGUUCCCAGGUAUAUUUGUUUUCGGAAAUGAACCCAACAAGUUUCUGGCCGACCCCGCCGAAGUAGAAACGGUGUCUUUCGAUACUUGUCCUGGCAUAGACAAGAAAUACCAACAUCUCGAGGAUUUCCAUUGGGCUGUUAGGCCACUGGCAAUUGCCUUUAGUCUAUUAACAGCCAUGAAACUCACCAUAUCGGUCGGUCGCGGUAUAAACGCGAGACUGAAGAAAGACCGGCCAAACAGCAAGGACGGCGCCAGACGGAAUUCGGGUUGGAGGAGGAUGAUAUUUAAAGAUGGUGGUUCCACCAAGUAAAUUAGGACACAGCUUUGCGCUAAGGUGAAGGUAAAUAAGGUUGUGAAUAAUUAGCAGACAAAGGUGUAAAUAUUUAUGUACUGAAGUCUGAAUAUAUUUGGUUGAAUUUGUUGCUUCA